GAUUCGCUAAUCGUUUCCAUAUUAUUUUCCUCCCUGCCAGCAGGUGAAAACAGGAUGAAACCAGCCUGUGUCGAAUGGUUUUGUUGUUUGAAACCGGUUUUAAUAAAGGCCUUGUCAUUAGGCUAUAUGAAAGCUUUAAUCAUUUUAUAAUACUGCGUCAAAUGAUCUUAGACCAAGAAAGCCCCUCUAAUCCGAAUCUAUUUCGUGUAUUAUAUGUUAACAGCCUGUGCGAUGUCAGGUGUUCGAGACGAUUUUAAACGUUUACGUUUAAACAAUUUGUUUAAUCUCGGACUCAUACAUGAGCUAUCCGCAGCCCUUUUCGACCUUGAAUUUAGAAAAGCCGUAAUUCAUAAAAGAAUGGUUAUAACACUGGUAAGAAAAAUGAAGAUGCAGAGCGUGACGCAUUAUUGCAUUAUUGGGCUCGAGGUUUAUUUUUAAGGCUGGGCCUGGUUUCGACUGAUUGAAUGAGGCGCAUAUCAUUGUAGACGACCACGUGAAAUUACAACUCUACUUGUCACCGUGCACCUGAUUCAACUGUGUGUAAACAACAGACAUAUUGAAGCCUAUCAGAUGAAGCCUGGCGCGAAUUGAUUUGACUCAAAAACAGCUGUUAGUUAACUAGGAGUCUAUUUAACAGUUAUUUAAUAUUUGUUUAGCACAGGCCUUGAGUGUUAACACCCACCGUCUCGGGUCAUGUCGGUGAAGAUGGAAAUGGAUGUCAGUGGCGUGUCCAGGGCACCCAUCUCUGUUCUACCUGCUGCCGCAGAAGUCAAAGCCACGCUGAAGCCCGAGACGGUGGACCGGCCCCGUUGUGCCAGCACGCCAUGCUCCCCCAUCCGAAACACCGUGUCGGGGUACCAGAUCCUCCACAUGGACUCCAACUACCUGGUCAGCUUCACCACCGGGGAGGAGCUGCUGAAACUAGCCCACAGGUGGUCCCCCAACGCAGAGAAGGGCCUGGUCACGACGCCAGCCCCGUCUGAGGGCACGCCCAGUUCCAUCCCGAAGCCCGUGGACCUGGGCGUCCACCGGGCCUCGCGCUUCUACAAAGCCAGAAGCCGCUACUACCAGCCCUACGACAUCCCGGCCGCCAACGGGCGCCGACGGAGGCGCAUGCCCAGCUCUAGCGACCCCUACCUCAGGUCCCUGUCGCAGGGGGAGGGCGGGCCGGAGAGGGCCGUCUAUCACGGCCCGCUGCCCCACUGCCUGCUCAAGGGGAAGCGGGUCCAGUCCAGGUCUCUGGACUACCUCAAUCUGGACAAGAUGAGUGCCAGGGAGCCGCCGGCCGACACUGAGGUGCUUCAGUACCAGCUGCAGCACCUGACGCUGCGGGGCGAGCGCGUGUUCACCAGGAACAAGACAUGAAGUCGGCCGACCGAGCCGCCGCCGCCCGCCCGCCCGGUCCGUUCGUCGCGCUCCCGUGGGGUUCGGGUGGGUCCAUCCAACCGCCGGUCUUCACCCCCUUACCCAGUUCUUAGGCGAGUUCUAUAGGCGGACACUCGGUGGAUGUUACUAAUUUUGUCAUUGUCGAGCGGGCGUGGCAAAAUGAGGCACGCUCUAAAUGUAAACCUUAAAAAAAACAAAAAAAUAUACCUACAAAAUGUAAGUACACUGAAAACGGGGGUCGUUCUGAUUUGACACUUUUGACGGUGGUAAGGGUUAGCAAUAACUGGUAUGUUUAUUUAUGGACAAUGUUGUGUGUGCGCGUGUGUGUGUGUGUGUGUGUGUGUGCGUGUGUGUGCGUGCGUGCACCUUUCUACAAAAAAAAAAAAAAAAACGGUAAGGGAUGUGUAACCAAUGCCUCUUUUUCCUGCGUUUGACUGCACUGUUAGUCUUCUGGUGUCGUCACAGGUCCAGCAUCCUCGAACCUCUACAGCACACCUUUUACUUUUCAGCCAACGCAUCUGUGGUCAUUUGCAUUUGCAAAAGCAGUACUAUAUGUAUGACACCGUAUGGCUUUCAGUACUGUAUGUUAGGGUACUGAAUGCCUGUCAUUACUAUAUUAUAAUACUGUGUGGCUGUCAUAACUAUAUUGUGGUACUGUAUGGCUUUCAUCACUCUAUUUAGGGUUUUGUAUGGCUGUCAUUACUAUAUUAUGAUACUGUAUGGCUGUCAUUACUAGAUAUAUGAUACUGUGUGGCUUUCAUUACUAUAUGUAGGGUUUUGUAUGGCUGUCCUUACUAUAUUAUGAUACUGUAUGGCUUGCCGUACCAUAUGUAAGGUACUGUUUGGCUUUCAGUACUAUAUGUAGAGUGCUGAAUGGCUUUUAGUGUAAGAACUGACUCCACUGUCCACAUUUAUUUGCUCCUGCCAAGCACCAGCCAAACGUGAGUUUUAUGUAAAGCACUGACUGUUACACAAUCAAAAGGUUAUUUAAAACCGAGCCCUUUGAGAGGAUUUGUGGGGGAGAGGCUUACCGUCAGAGUGCCUAAAGUGAGAUUAGCUCCUUAUAUGCUGAAUUAAUCCCCUCCCUCCGUUUCUCCUGGUCAGACAGAAUCCUCAGUGGGAUGAGGGGCUGAAUUAUUCCAGGUUGUCUGCAUCUAAAAGUUGUGUCCAUCAUUCAAAAUCCAAAACAUUCAUUUUCACAAACGGUAGUGUUUUUGGCUCGGUUUCCUGGAUACAGGUCAAGUUUAUUCUAUAGUCUAAAUCUUUCACCGGGAAUCUCCAUUAAGUUGGCUUUGUAUUUCGGCGUGUAGCUUAAUCUGUGUCUGGGAACCUUACCCCGAAAUCCUAGGUUAAAGGUCACCAUUUUGUUUUCGCCACAACCUUAUACAGCUGUGUAAAGAAACAAACAUGAAACUCAUUACUAUAGCUAUGGAAACCAAAGUAGGACUAUUAUGGGUGCCCUGGGAAAACUUGACCAAGUCAUUUUUGUAAUAAAAUCUAUUAGGGGGUUUCUUAGGACACUUGACAAUCAUUUUGAGGAGUAAUCUUAGUGGAACACCUUACUUGAAGUAGCCCUGAUCUAAUGCCAUCAUAACAACAUUGUUAGCAUGAUAUACAUGACAAUACACAACAAUAAUCACAUGACAUUCAUUGGGAACUAUGUGUAGAUAUUCCAUUUCAUGCUUCGUAAUACGGUUAUGUCAGCCGUCACAAGCACCUCUACUCCGAAACCUUAAGGCUCAAUGCCCUGGUAAAAUGGGUUCACGCUAGUUUUCAUCGUUCUCCUUCUGUUCCAGUUUAACCUCUGUGCAUCCGAGGAAGAAAAUAACCUCCCGAAAACACACAAGGAAGGUCUUGUAAAAACCAGGAACUGCGUCUGCAACGGUGUCUUGUUUGUGUUCUCUAACAUACUCUGUCUAGCUUGGGUAAAAAGUAGCUUGCCAACAACGUUCUGUUGUAGAUGGUUAAUGGGAGUAUCAGUCACCUUCAGUCACAAUUACAUUUUUCUUCUUUUUUUUUUGCCUGCAAUUUAUUUUAUUUUUUUAUUGCAGUUUUGCAUUUUUGUUGUAAGUGAUCUGAAGUCAUGGGAAGACAAUUACAUUCCUUUUAAGUAACUAUCCAGGUUUUCCAGAUUUCUGUGAAAAAUGAAAACUGUUUACUAUAUAUGUGAAUUUGUUUUCCUUCCGAAAUGGGAUUUUGUUACUUUGAAAAGCAGCAUUUCUGUGUGGGAAUUAUGUGGAUGUAUCACAAUAACAAAACGAUCUGGGCAUAUACUGGUGUAAGUAGAGCGCUUAUUGGCAGGCACAUCUUUUCCUAGACUGCCGCUUGAUCAGCACAUCAUUCUCUAGACUACUAAUCCUGCUUCUGAGCAUUUAAGAAACACUUUUGGAAGUGUCUUUUCCUAUGUAUGCUUUGGCCACAAAUACUAGGAUAGGAUUUGGGUAUGAAUCCGUAAUAAUCAUUUUGAAAUUGGAGCAGCUGCUUAGAAAGAAUUGCACAUAUUGAAGUUAAAAUGAUACAUUUGAAAUGAGAUUUUUACUAGGCAAUUACUGUAAUAUGAAAAAGAUUUUUGUUGUUAAUACAAAAUUUUUACAUUAAGAGGACACUAAAAAGCAACUGAACUCCACGUCAUAAUGUUAUCGAACUACAUAUUUCAAAUCACCUCUAAGGACGAAACCUGCAUUUAGAAAAAGUGUCUGUAACUAAGCAAUGAUGAUUCAGAACAUAAUCUUAAACCAGGUGAAAAAUUGUUUAAAGAUCUUCAUCUUAAAAGAAAUGUUAAUACAACAAAUGGAAACAAGCUUCUACUUUCUGAAACAAGUCAGUAUUUUGUGUGGCCUGCCUUAGAAUUGAAAACUAUUUUAAUUUGACAGACUGUUGUGUAAUUUCUAUUUUUGCAUAGCACUCAUCUUGUAAUGCUUUUUGUUGCUGAGGUGGCGUCUUUUGCACAUACUGUUAGUUCGAUAUUAUUAAUACCAUUUGCGAUUUGCCCAUGCUGUGACUGAUUUGUGGCUUUGGUGGCUUUAUAUUCUUGAAUGUUAAAAAUUUGGUUGAUGUCAAAUUUCUUUAGUGUCUUCAUUCAACAGGAUGAAUUUAGUUCAGAAAAAACACCAAACUGACUCUUUCUCAAUAUUAAACUGACAUUGGGUGUGACUUUAAUGAUGUAGCAAUUGGGUUGGCUCCACAAAAACUGUAUCAUUGACACUGGUGGUUGUCUAUCGUAGCUAGUUUAUUUGCUAAGUUAGCCACAGUAGCUAGCCAGAGCACAUUAUUUUUAACAAACUAGUUUUAGUAUACCUACAGAAUAUGGGCUUGGUACAUUUUUGAUCAAUCAUUCCUAUCUACACAAAAAGGAUAUUCAAAACAAAUUUAAUCAGAAUGCAAAUAGCCUUUAUACUUUCCUGUCUCACUUCGUACACCAGUAACCAAAUCAACGAGGCAACCAAGCCAACAUUCUUGUCAGUCCAAAAGGCCCUGAUCAGAGAGAAUAUGAACAUGGUGUUGCUGAGAUAUAAUAUGUAUCACAACUGUAUCACUAUACAUGUAACCACCUAACCCUUACUGAACUUCUGUGAGAUUCAAAAAGCCCUCAUGUUUCAAAAUAUCCAUGUAUUUUAAUGUGACUAAAUAAUACACCCAGUGUCUCAUGAAGAAAACCUGCCAGUUGGUGGUCUUACUGUAAAUGGAUAAAUGUGUUAAAUUAGGACUCGGCUUCAUCUUCAGCCUAGGUUUAGCAUAUUUCCCUACUAUUAUCUGCCCUGAGAGGGAGAAUAUGAGUUUUCUUUUUUGCUUUGUUGCCCAAAGUCAACCUUUAACAUAGCCAGUGUUUGUUUCACAUCAAAGUAAAAAUUCAGUUUUACUUCAACUUCACUUCAACACAUUUCAGUAGGCCCUACCGUUCAAGACUAAACAUGAUACAAUAUGACUGGAUGUGCAUUCCUAUUAAGAGCUAUUACAUUGUGUGCAAAUGAUUAAAAGACAGGCGCCACUUUAAGUUAUGCUAUCGUUUCAACGUUAUUGAAACUCUCCUUGACACUAAUUAACUUUAUUCCUGGACUAAGAUGCACUGAUAUACUGGAGUAUCUUCACUGAACCUGAUUUUUAGUUCAGAAAUAUUCCCUAAUCUGUGACUGGGAAUUUAGCGUCUAAAUUAAAGCAUUGUCAAUGUGGGUUAAAAUGUUACAUUUCCCUGCAGAACUUGCACCACAAGUCAUAAUGCAUUUAGAGACUCAUUGUGAGUUCUACACAUAGGCUUAUAUGUGGAACAUUGUAUUUUUAUUUGUAGAGUAGGUUUAUUGGUACUUAUUUAGACUUUCUGAUCAAUAUUUUUUUCACUAAAUGUACAUACUGUAGUUUUGCUGCUUUGAAGCAUUUUAGUUUUUCUAAUGUGUGUCUGUUUCUGCCCUGACUGACUGUCUUAAGUUUUAUCUUUUCACUUGACAUUGUUAUUAAAACACUACUAUGCUAUGAA